AUGAGCUCUCGACUUGUUUCAAGUGAUGCAGCCACCAAGGUCGAUGCUCCUUUUCGCGAAGCUAUUGGUGUGUUGAUGCACCUGACCACUGCAACGCGCCCGGAUAUUGCGUUCGCCGUUGGCUAUGUGUCGCGAUUCAUGGAGAACCCCCAAAAAGAACACUGGGUUGCGGUCAAGCGCAUCUUCCGCUACCUACAAGGCACCAAGAUGCACGGAAUCUGCUACAAGCCAAAUGCGAAGAUCGACUUUCGUGGCUACUCGGAUGCAGACUGGGCCGGUGACCUCGCUGAUCGCAAGUCGACGUCUGGUUACGUAUUCAUGCUGUUGGGUGCGCCAGUGACUUGGGGCAGCAAGAAACAGCCAAGUGUUUCGUUGUCCACGAGUGAAGCUGAAUACAUCGCACUCAGCUUGGCGAUUAAAGAGGGCAAGUGGAUUUAUCGUCUGCUUUGUGAGAUCAUGAUGGCUGCCAAUGAAGAAGGACUGGAGCUCACGAUCCAUGAAGAUAAACAGUCGUGUAUCAAGAUGAAGAAGAACCCGGUCAACCACGGCCGUGCCAAGCACAUUGAUAUCAAGUACCAUCACAUCCGUGAUGAGGUCAAGCGCGGUGAAGUGAAGCUCAAGUACUGUGAAACAGCGGUGAUGUUUGCGGACAUCGUGACGAAGGGACUUCACGGGCCACGCCACAAGGAGAUGACGACGGCUCUCGGGAUUUGUGCGUGUUCGCAUUCAGGGGGCGUGUUGACGGUCAUCGGUUUCCUACCAGUAUUGGUAACCGUGACCGGUCCAAUCCGAACCGCCUGUUCAGCUUAG